CUCUAGUAAAAGUCUUGAGACUAGUGGAUGGGGAAAAACCCCCCAUGGGAUAUGUAUAUGAGGCCAUGGAUAGGGCCAAGGAAGUGAUAAGGAGUAAGCUAGGAAAUAGCAGGGAGAGGUAUAUGUCGUUGUGGGACAUAAUUGAUAGGAGUUGGGAUGGACUGAUUUACACUCCUCUCCAUGCUGCAGGAUACUUGCUCAAUCCUUUGUUAUUCUACAAGACUUCAUACAUGGAUAUUGAUGCUAAGAUCAAACAAGGAUUCUACAAAUGCAUGGUGCAUGGACAAAAUGUUUCCAAACUUGGAUAAAUUUAAUGUAGCUAUUUUAGAGUUGUAAGUGUACAAGCAGGCUAAGGGUUUUCUCUCUUCUAGGGCUACCAUAUAAAACAAAGAUAUCAUCCAACCUGGUAGACUCAAUAAACUUUUGACAAUCUCUUUAUUUUGCCAACAUGCUUAUUAAGUUUGUUAAGAUUUUAAGAUAUUCUUAGUCUUACAAUAUCAUCUCCAUAUAAUGUGUUUUUCAGCUCAAUCAAUGGUGGGCUUCUUUUGGAGACGAAUUACCUAAUUUAAGGUGGAUGGUGGUGCACAUUUUGAGCCAACCAUGUAGUUCAUCAUUUUGUGAGCGUAUUUGGAGUGUUUUUGAACACAUGCAUUCCAAGAAACGCAACCGCCUAACACAAGAAUGGAUGAAUGACUUGGUAUUUGUUCACCACAACCUCCAGUUGAAGAUAAAGAAAACUCAAGGAACUAUUGAAGAAGACGAGCCGAUUGACCUUGAUGAGAUAGAUCCAGAGUCUGAGUUGAUUGCUGUUGAUGAUGAUACUCUGCUUGAGCUUGAAGAUUUUGAUCUCAUGGGGGAAGCCGGCUUGGAUUGUGAAUGGAUUGAAUGAACUAAGAGAGGCUCUCACCCAAGAGCUUCAUCAUCAGAGCCUCCUACCCUCUAGCAUGUCAUUGUCUACAGUGGAAUUUUGUAAUUAGUUUGCAGGUUGACUUUGUACAAAGUCACAAACUAUAUUGUAAUUGACAUUUUGACAUCUAUCACCAUCUAGAUAUUAUUUAUGUUGUUGUAUGUUUUUGUGCAAUGUAAUCAAUGAUAUGAA